AUGCCUUCCAGCGAGCUUCUGGUCCAAGCAUGGUCCAAGCAUGCCCUCGUGAAGUGCAUUGGCCUCGAGACUGCGUGCUUUGAGGCGGAGGAGCGGAGAGCGAAGGCUGCGGCAGAGCUUCGUGAGCAGGAGGCGAAGGCGGAGCGGCUGGCUGCUGAGCAGGAGGCGGCGAGGCGGGCGGAGCGCGAGGCGGCAGAGCGAGCGGGUGUGGCGGAGCGGGCAGCGCUGCGAGAGGCUGCGGAGCUUGCAGAGGCGCUGCGUCGGUCAGAGGUGGAUGCGGAGGAGGAGGCGAUGGCGCGUCGGGUGUCGCGGUGCGAGGAGGCGGUGAGCAGCGAGUCGACCGGCGGCGGCGGGGACUUGCAUCGGCGUGUCGAUCGGCUGGAGGCGAGCCUCGGCGCGGCGACCGAGGGUAGCCUCGAGGAGCGGGUCAGCGCUAUCGAGCGCUUGAUCGAGCCAGAGGCGGCAGAGGCGGAGCAGUAUCUGCCAGUCACCGAGCCGCUCGCUGCCGUCUCACUAGCGGACGCCAGCCUCGACACGGGGCGGCCAGCUGCCCCCGAGUCCACGAUGGGGGGAGACACCACAUGCAUCGUGUGUUUCGCGAGAGUCAAGUCGCAUGCUGCGGUUCCGUGCGGGCACUUGUGUGCUUGCGGGCCAUGCUCUGAGCUGAUGCGAGAGUGCCCUUACUGCCGCGAGCCAGUGAUGAUGUGGAUGGUUCCGCGUCCGGUCUAG